CACUCAGUGGAUUGCAGUUCUCAUGUGAUGCUUAUUGCUGUCAUUUCAAAACAGGAAGCAGUAAUCCUGUGUGUUUCUCACUUAAAACUAAAGAAGUGUUGGCAGAAAAAGGAAUUCUCCUGCAGCUCCAUACCGAUUUGUAAACAGAACUACAAAGAAGAAGAACACCACGAACAGAACGACAUCGUCCACAACCCUGAAGUCAAGAACAUGCUAUAUCCCACCUGUAAACUCCACGUUGGCCUUUUCCUGCUCAUUGCUUUCACAGAUGUUGGCAGCUGCUCCCCGCAAUCACCUCCCAUCAUUAGAGCAUCUAAAGGAAGUAACGCUCUGCUGCCCUGCGCUGUCCCUGCAAACAAUCACUCGAGGAUGAUCAGGGUUGAGUGGAGCAGAGGAGAACGCACGAGUCCUUUCUGUAAAUACACUGUUGAAAGCAACACUAUUACCCAAAAUGAAUGCGGGAGUCGAAUGGAGGUGAUAUGGCAAAGCCACCAUCUAAAAAUCAAAGAUCUCACAAUCGGUGACAGCAGUAUCUACAGCUGUGUAGCUGUCAGUCUUAUACCCCCACCUAUAAUAGAAAACCGAAGUGAACUGACCCUUCUUGUCGAGGGUAUGAGGCUGGAAUUGUUUCCCAUGCCUUCCAACACGUCUCCGGACUGCAUACAGCUGGUCUGCAGCCUAGCAAGCUUCUAUCCUCCCAAAGUCAAUGUUACCUGGAGUAAACAGGGGGUGACACUUUCUGACACCCUGCUGACAAACAGCAGCACAUACCUCUGGAGAAGCACCCUGAGCCUCUGCAAACCCGACUGGAACGAGGGAGACGUGAUCUCCUGUCACGUGAACAGCUCAGUCACAGCUCAGCCUCUCACUCAUAACAUCACCAUUACUUUCGAUGGAGAUGUGCAGUGCUGCACCCCAAGCUGGACCACAAUCAUAGUCACAUGUGUCUGUCUGUCUGCAGCGAUCAUACUGGGGACCAGCAUUUUACUCAAAUGUCGGAAAGGUACCUGUCUGAGGUCCAAUGAAGGGACUGUGUUGAAUAACCUUGUAUAUGAAAACCUGCAGUUCAGCACAGCACAUGAAGACCACAGUAAAACCAGCGCAAGCAGCUGUAUCUAUGACAAUUAGCAGCACUUAGUAGAGCCCAAGUGGUGUGAUUUACUUUCACUCUGAGCAUGGUGUGUUGUAUUUUUCAGCUCCUCCUUGUGUGUGCCGCCGAAGUCCAGGGGAGGAGACAGGCUCUCGAGAGAUCUGCAGGGAGAGCAGGAGUGGGGUGUUGCACCUCAAAGCCGGGCUAUAAGCCCCAUAAGUUAAGUACUAGUGUUUUGCUGGAAAGCAAUUGUUUGUUUAACUGGGGCUAUAGCCAGCUUGAGGUGUAACCAGUAUUUACAGAUCAGAGCCGAUCCUUUAGGAAGAACCUGCAUUAAGGGCCGUGGGUUUCCUGUCUGUUCUAGAGCAGGCGGUGCCACAAGGAGAAGGAGCAGCCAGGCCGAGCUGCAACACAGGGAACCCCAGCCAGGCAAUCGUGGGAUCACAGGCAUGGAGACAAGCCAGCCAAGGAGACAGAGCAAGGAGAACACAGUGGGGGAGCUGGUGCUGUGACAGAGCCAGGAAAGGACAAUCACUGACGGGGGCAGAGGUCAAUGCACAAAGACGAAGUAGCAUUGCUGCUGCAUUCUUGUAUUUAAAAGGGAGGAGUGAGGAGGGGUUUUAGGAGUGCCAGUGCACUGGAUAUAGCGAAACACUUUUGUAUUGUUUUAUUAGUGUUUUAGUGUAUUUAUUGGGGAAUGUAUUUUAAGGGUGCACUGCAAUUGUUGGUGCUACUGCCAAGAGGAGGGAUAUUUGUGUGUGUGUUGUUUUUAUCUGAUUACUGCUCUGUGAUUGGUUUUUAGAUAUACAGUGAUACUUUUGCACUGCAGUAUUGAAUUCUGUACACAACAAAAGAUUUUGAGCUUGAUGUCGUGCGUGCUGUGUGGCACACUGUACCUCCGGCUUUAGUUACUUUGGAGUCCGACUGGCAGUGGAGUAACCACUGACCAGAGAAAAAGCAAAGAACCUGUUUCACCACUUUUGUGCAUAUAUGUUUACUGUGACAGCAAAUGUGAUCAGAAAUAAAUCUGAUAACGUUCCAUUAUCUCGGGUGUGAAUGGAAAUUAGCCUGCAGUUUUAUUCAAGAGGUGCAUGAGGUAAAUAGAUACAGAAGAGAUUAGAACUGGCCCUUUCCACUCUGCUUGUUUUCUGUCCAAUUAAAAUGCUGGCCUCGGUAGUUUCUACACACAGGAAAUGGUUUUAAUCAAUAACAAUCCUGUACUGAUGAAAGAUCACAGUGCUGAAGCACAUUAACUGUCUUUACUUGCAUAUGAAUUGGGGGCUGCAUUUAUUUUUUCUGAGGUGUUAUUGCGUGAUGCUGCAAUAGCAUGGUAUAUGCUGGGUUCAAAGAACUGGCGUCUGACGCUGUUUCAGCAAUAGUUCAGAGCAAACUGAAGAUUUAUUGAAGCCAGCGGUUGUGGGUGACAUUUGUUUGUUAUUGUGUGAAAACGGGUUAGUUUUACAAGAACAAUAGAAAAGGCUGGUAUCUGGUUUCAGAUAACAGGUCACAGUUUUCAGUGGAUAAGCGCUGCCCGUUUUAAUAAGAAAAACAGUCUCACUACCCACAGAACAUACACAAGUUAGCUUAAAACAAUCUUAACAAAGUAUUCAAAUAGUCCUUAACCAGCACACUAAUUUAUAACUGAAGACUAAGUGGAACACUAUUUCAUUGUCCUACAGGGACCAAUACUGUAUGUUACUUAGAAAUGUAUUAAAAUUCAAUUGAUUAGGGGACUCUGCAUUUGUCUGGCCGACUAAUUCUUAGUUUCUUUCAAUCUCUGUACCAAUCACUGUAUGUACAAAACUGAUUUAUUUUCAAACGUAAAAGUGUAUUGCAGUUGGUAUUUAUUGAAGAAGGUAGUAUUGAUUCACAAAAGAUCAGCAAAAAUAGGACUUGGUGUUCUUGUUCCACUGAAAGAUAUUAUAAUGAUUUUAAAUUUGUUGACCGCAUUGGUAAGUGUCAAUUCUUAUUGAGAUUGUUGAGAAAACAUUAAUCCACAUCACAUGCAACAUAUAACGAUAUUUCAGACACGAUAUUCACCUCUCAAUGAUCUAUAAUUCAGACAAAAAAUAUUCAGAAAAAGUUUCAUCUAGUUAUUGUGCCGUAAUAUAAUGCAGUUCUCAAAGACAGACACAGAUCUUGUUUCUUGAUUUUUAGAUUUGCUUUGUAUUUCUUGCUGAAUGUGAGGCUUAUGUUGUCAAGAUCUCUACAUGUUCAUUUAUAAACAGUAUUAAUGGUACUAACUCAUACAUAACAGCAACAAAAACAUUUAACCAGCUGUUUUGCACACCCCCACAUUUCCCUAGAUCCAUCUGAAGAAACAUAGUCUGCCCACUGGUUAACUGUAUUCACACAUCACUGAUGUGCACAAUGCUGAAAACUGAACUAAGAACCAUAGUGAAUAUGAGGGAUUCAGGCACAAUAAAACCCAUAUUAUUCUGUGGCUUUAUCUUUAGAUUCAGAGGGGUGGUAAAGCAUUAAGCACCAUUAUUUAAAUCAUGUUCCACAAAUGUAGAGCUACAGGACUCUCUGUUCCCCCCAGCCCCGUCACCGCGCUCUGGUCAAAAGAGCUGACCCGUAACGA